UAUCUUGUUUUUAUACCCAUUAAUAAUUUGCUUUCUUAGUCAUUCGUCUUUUCACCUUUCACAAGUACUUUGCCAUUUGGCUGAACCAGUACAUUAUCUUAUUUCUUUGUUCACCACGAGGGUUAAUCAUUCAAUCAGGUUCUCUGAAUUCAGUACCUCCUUACGAAUGAGUCAGGUGAGCUUUAUCUUCUGUUCUUUCAUUUUCUUUCUUUCCUCCUUUGGUUUAACGUUUCCUCUUUUUUUCUUAAGCAAUGGAGAGCAGUGAGGGAACAUCGCAGAGAAGGAACACAGUCCAGAUUUUUUUUUCCAAUGCGAUAGAGAAAGCAAAACUUAGAGAAUGUUUCACAUGGGAUCUGCUGAAGAUUAUACUCCUCGGUCAAGGAUUAUCCCUGUUAUUAUGCGGAACUGCAAUCAGCAGUCAAUAUCUGGCAGAUGAUUUUUCUGUCAACACACCAAUGCUUCAAGGCUUUGUCAACUACCUACUACUGUUCCUGGUUUACACCGGAGUAUUGGCUUUCAGGCAGGGCAGUAAAAAUUUAGUGCAAAUACUAAAGGCAAAAUGGUGGAAAUAUCUUCUGCUGGGACUCAUUGAUGUUGAAGCAAAUUAUAUGACAGUCAAAGCCUACCAGUAUACAACAUUAACAAGUGUUCAGCUCCUGGAUUGUUUUGUCAUUCCUGUGGUGAUGCUCCUAUCGUGGUUCAUUUUACAUUCGAGAUACAAAGCCAUCCAUUUUGCAGCCGUUUUGAUGUGUUUGCUGGGCGUUGGAAUUAUGGUUGGUGCUGACGUUCUGUCUGCCAAACAUCCAGGAAUAGGUAUCAACAAGUUGCUGGGAGACCUGCUUGUCCUGGGAGGUGCUAUACUUUAUGGUAUUUCUAAUGUAUAUGAAGAAUUUAUUGUGAAAAACUUCAGCACAGAGGAAUUUCUGGGAAUGCUUGGCUUGUUUGCAACCCUCUUUAGUGGGAUACAACUAGGCAUUCUGGAGCAUAAUGAAAUUGCAAACAUUAAUUGGAACUGGCAAAUAGUAUUAUUAUUCACUUCAUUUGCGGUCUGCAUGUUUGGAUGGUAUAGCUUCCUACCCAUUGUGAUUAAGCUCAGCAGUGCCACCUCGGUCAACCUUGGCACUCUGACUGCUGACCUCUACAGCCUCUUCUUUGGGAUCUUCUUAUUCCAUUACAAGUUUUCAACGCUGUAUGUCCUGGCAUUUCUGCUCAUAUUGAUUGGAUUUAUCCUCUACAACUCAUCUCCAUCACAUACAAGUGAAGUCCAGAGUCAACAGCAGGCUGCAAGUGAAGGAUCUAGUAACCCUGUUCCAGUGAAUGAUGUCAAUAGCCAAGACGCCAGCAGCCAUUCUAUCUCCAACCAGCUCCCAGUGGAAACACCCAAUCCAAACAGAUGUCAAGCAUAAAGGACCCUUCAGAUCUUUUUCUCUCAUUUGUAUGUUAAAUCAUUGUUGUUUCCCUUUAUAUGCUGAAGUACUAAUAUUCUUUAACAAUAAACACAUAUCCAU